GAUACUGUGGUGAACAGCAAAGUGAUCCAGAUGGGUUCAUUUCAAGGCGUAUUAUGUGGUAAAGUCCGAACUGCUGAGGAUCAACUGUGGCAAACUCAUGCGACUGUCGAUGCCUUGAUCGUUGAUGUUGAAGGUGUCAUUCAAGGCUGUCGCGAAGACAACAGUUCGACCGUCCGGGCGAGACGCGCUGAUUCCGUCUAUCGUGCAAUGUCGGGUGAUGUUGAUGUCGUCGUCCCGAGUGAGGCGACCCUGCCAGGUUUCUCGGAGUUGUACGGGUUGCGGCUCCAGGUGGCACAGGCACCUCGUUUCGUUGGCUCUCUACAACCACCGCUCUGUGCUCGGCCAGCGCUUUCAGAGUGAUGCGAUCGAGAGU